AUGAGUAAAAGACAAACAUCAUCUUCAAACCUAAAGCAAUCAAGCUUGACAAGUUUCUUUACACCUACAACAUCGACGACAUCAACAACAACAACAACAAACAACAAGAAAAAGGAUGAAAUGGAUGAAGAUAAAGCACCUGUUGUCGUUGCAAAGAAAUCAUCAUCACCAAGAACAAAGAAACAAAGUCCAAAUGUAAACAUUGAAGAGGAAGAAGAAGAAGAAGAAGAAGAAGUGAAGCCAAAAAGAAAGAGUUCUUCAAAGGCAACAAAGAAACAAGAUACACCAGCAACUACAACAACAUCAACAAGUGGAAGAAGAAUAGUUUCAACUAAUGUAAAUAUUGGUUCAAUGUUGGAUAGUGAUUCAGAGGAUGAAGUAUUUUUGAAAAAGAGAAAAAAGAGACCAGAUUCUGAUGAUGAUUACAAUCCUGAUGGUAAAGAUGAUGAAGAUGAGAGCUUAUCAGAGGAUGAUGGUUUCAUUGUACAUCAAGAAGAGGAUAGUGAUGUGGAUAUUGGAAACAAACAAGAUGACGAUGAUGAUAUUAUGACAUCAUUUGAUACAACCUCAACUACUACUACAACUACUACAACUACCAAUGUAAUCAAGAUACAACCACCAAUUACAAUGUCAUUUGGUGAAGGACAAAGAAUUAUAAUAUCGGAACGUGUUAGUUUACCAGCUGGAACACCAACAUUUACUCGUGAUGAAGCUGCCAAGAAAAAGUUACUAAAGGGUCUAGAUACAAUGGAAAAGAUUAGAUUGGAUGCAAGAGCAGCUGCUCAAAAGGAAUUGGAAGGUGCACCAGAAGGUGAUGAUGAGGGUGGAGAUGAAGAAGAAGAAGAAAAAACAAAAAAGAAACCUGCUGCUGCUGGAAAGGGAAAAUCAUCAACAUCAAAAGCAGCAGCCAAAGUAAAAUAUACACCAUUGGAACAACAAUAUGUAGAUAUUAAGAAACAGUAUCCAGACACUGUACUAAUGGUAGAGUGUGGAUACAAAUACAAGUUUUUUGGAAAUGAUGCAGAGGUUGCCAACAAGGUACUCAACAUCUAUUCCUAUGUCGUAAAGAACUUUCUCAAUGCAAGUAUUCCAACUGUGCGUCUGUACCAUCAUCUACGUCGUCUUGUGCAAGCUGGAUACAAGGUUGGUGUGGUCGAACAGAUUGAAACCGCUGCUCUCAAAGCUGUCAGUGAUUCAAAAGGUGGACCAUUUGAAAGAAAACUCACUCGACUCUACACAACAUCUACAUUUAUCGAUGACCAAGUAGAUGAAAGCAACAAUACCUUGGAUUUUAGCAACAUAUCACCCAAUUAUCUUGUAGCAUUUUAUGAAGACACUCAAAUCAAAAAGAUUGACUCACCAACCACCAGAAUAUCAUUUGUUGCCAUUUCAGUUAGUACCGGUGAGAUCAUCUAUGAUUCAUUUGAUGAUGAUCUACUACGUAGUCAUCUUGAAACUCGUCUAACUCAUCUCAAACCAACUGAAAUUCUCUUACCACCAGAAUACAAACAAAAACAAGAUGAUGGUACAGAUCAUUUUAUUUAUUCAAAAUUUACUCGUUUAACUUCAAAGACAAUUAAACAAUAUUGUAAAACAAAUAAUGUUAGAGUUCAAUUAAUGAAAGAAAGUUUAUAUGAUAAGGAUUUAUCAGUUUCAAAUAUAACAGAUUUAUAUGACCAAUUUGAAAAUAAUCAAGAAACCCAAACUGCUCUAUCAGCUGCAUUGACCCUAGAUUCUAGUCAAAUAGUUUGUCUUUCUGUAUUGACUACUUAUUUGAAGGAUUUUAAUCAAUUUAAUUCUAUAUUAAAAGUAGCAUCAAAUUUUAAAGCAUUUAAAAUAUCAAAUCAUUUAAUUUUACCACGAUCAACUAUUGAUAAUUUAGAAAUACUUCAAAAUGAAGAUACAAAGAGUGAAAAAGGUUCAUUAUAUUGGGUAAUGAAUCGUACUCAAACUAUUGCUGGUAAAAGAUUAUUUUUAAAUUGGAUUUGUAAACCUUUAAUUGAUUUAGAAUUAAUUAAAUUAAGACAAGAAUCUGUAAAAGAAUUAUUAAAUUGUAUAGUGGAAAGAGUUAAAUCGAUUGAAUUGAUUGGAUCAUUUUUAAAAUCGAGUAUACCAGAUUUACAAAGAAAUCUAUCAAAGGUAUUUUACAAGAGUCAAUGUAAACCAAAGGAUUUCCUUUCGACUAUGAAAUCAUUCCAAAGACUUUCAACUCUAUUGUCUGAUGUUUCUCGUCUUGGAGAGUUUAAAUCAAAGGUACUAAAAGAGUUGUUUGGUAUCAAUGAUGAAUGGGCUGGUGAAAGAGUUGAAAAGUUUAGAGUCAAGGUUGACACUACUCUAAAGGCCAUUUCACACGAUGAAGCAACAUCAAAUUGCAAAGAAAAUAUUUGGACCGAUGAAACAAGAUACCCUAAACUAGUCGAGACAAAGGCACAUAUCAAGGAGAUACAAGAUAAACUCGACCAAUAUUUGAAAAAAGUAAGAAAAGAGGUUGGUAAACCUACACUGGAAUAUUUACAUCAACCAAGACUUCAUUUGGAGUAUUUGAUAGAGUUGCCAGUUGCUUUCAAACAAGUUCCAAAGGAUUGGUUAAAGAUUAAUGCUACACAGAAGCUUUCACGUUAUCAUACACCCUAUAUCAUAGAGAAUGUUAAAUUGUUGGCUCAACAUCGUGAAAGAUUGACUCUUUUGGCAAAUGAAGCUUGGUUGGAUUUCUUGGGCAAGGUUGGAAAUGACUAUACAUUGUAUAGUUCAAUGAUCACCAAGUUGGCAUUAUUGGAUUGUUUAAUGUCUUUGGCCAAGUUGGGUAUGUCUGCAGGUUAUGUUUUACCAGAGCUAUCGUCAGAGCCAGGUAUCAACGUAGUAGAGGGAAGACACCCAAUUGUAGAAAUGACACUUGGUCAAAAGGGAGGAUCGUAUGUUCCCAACUCGAUCAAGUUGUCGUCGGCCGAGGAAAGAGCCAUGAUUAUCACUGGUCCAAACAUGGGUGGCAAGUCAUCUUUUAUUAGACAAACAUCGUUGAUUGUUAUUAUGGCACAGAUGGGAUCGUACGUGCCAGCCGAAAGCUGUACAAUGGGUGUAUUCGAUGCCAUCUACACUAGAAUGGGAGCACGUGACAAUAUCGAGCACGGUAGCAGUACAUUCUUUGUAGAGCUACAAGAGACGUCGCAGAUCUUGGCCGAGGCGACACCAAGAACAUUGGUCAUUCUAGACGAGUUGGGUCGUGGCACUAGCACACAUGAUGGUGUAGCUAUUGCCUAUUCAUCACUACUCUAUAUCGUAGAGCAAUUGAAAUGCUUUUGUCUCUUUGUCACUCAUUAUCCAUUGCUGUCACAAAUCGAAAACAUGUAUCCUCAAAACGUAUCAAAUUAUCACAUGUCAUUCCUAGAGGAGCAACAAAACAAUCCAGACAAUGGACAAUACCAACAACAACCAAAGGUUAUAUUCCUAUACAAGGUGGUAAGAGGUGCCGCUAAAAACAGUUACGGUAUCAAUGUUGCCACACUUGCCAACCUACCACAACCUGUCAUCCAAUCGGCUACACUCAAAUCAAAUGAACUCAAACAAUCAAUCACCAAAAAGAUAUUCAACAACGACUCAAAUAAUCAAUUUAAACAAAUUAUUCAACAAAUUAAAGAAUUAUCUGUAAAUGAUUCAAAGAUUGAUCAAAAUCAAAGAUUUGAAAAAUUAUUAUCAUUACAAAAGACAAUAAAUUAA